AUGUUGAAUGCCUCAAAGAUCUAAUUAAAAAAAUAUUUGAAAUCUACCUUACAAAUUCACCACUAGAAUUCCAACGAAUGUUAAAUGCAUGUUAUCUCUGCUUCUUCAGCCUUAUUUAACGGCUUUAUAUAGUUUAUGCUAGGUAAAUAUUUCAUUAUUUUUUAUAGGAUUUCAAACAUAGAUCCUUUAGAUAUAGAAGAAAUCUCUUUAUUCCAUUUUUAAUGAGCCAAAUUGA